AUGGUAAGUUGACUUUAAAAUUUAUAAAUCCUUCAGUAUUUAGAUUUAAUCUGCAUUAAUAUUAUACACACGUUUCACAGCACAUCCAAUUAUACUAAAAAAAUUAUAAAUUAUUUUAAAAAUGUUCAAUUUAAAUUCAGCAAAUAGUGUUUAACUCCACCCAGAAUCGUAUUAUGUUUGCAAAGAUUAAUUAAUACAUUCAGGAUUUUAACUAAAUUAUCCUAUGUAUCAUUUUAAUUAUCCCACUUUUAACAGUAAUUUACUUAAAAGUCAGUUUUUUGUUAGUUUUUAAUUAUACUGAGUGGUAGAUAAUUAAUAUUUGCAGAAAUUGACAUGGAAAUUCUUGUUUCAAUAAUUAAAUGACAUUAUAAUAGCACAGAGCUAAAUAUAUUAGUUUUUAUUACUAUAAAAAUAAAAUGCUUUAUACUAAAGUACAUAUAUGUUUUUAUUUGUUAAGGAAUUUAAAAAUCAACUUUCAAGGAAUGUACUCAUUAUACAAAUUUGAAGACUAUGGCUGGGAAAAGUUGUAUGCAAAACAUCAAAUGAAAGUUCUUAAGCUCAAUGAUAAGUAUCGUGAUAUAAACCGUUUAUACUUACUUUUAUAUCUUGAUUUGUAUGAACAUAAAUUAUGUUCAAUUGAUUGAAAGUUACUGAAGUAACUACCUACCAACUCGUUAUCGUCAAGAAAUAAAGAUAACAGAUUUUUUAAAAGAUGCAAUUUGAGAUGCCGAUUCUAUUUAUUUGGAUUUAGCUGGAGAGUGGUUAAAAUAUAGAGGUAUUGAUGAUAUAAUUGAAUUUGUUGACUAUUACUAUUGGAAAAGUCGUUUAUCCAAAAUUAAGCACUUACCAAGAAUGUAUGAGGUCUUUAAAACUUAUUAAGAAUUUGACAAUAAACUUUAGAACUGAUUAUAAUUUCCUUGAAAUAUGCCCUGAUUCAAUAAAUUUUAUUACAAAUUUGAAAACUCAUUCAUAUUAUAGUUUUAGUAGAGACAAAAGAUAAGUUUUGUAUAGCAAUUUGGAAUAUGUUUUAUGAGAAAUUUUUUUUUAUUAGAUAUCCUCAACAAUCAGUUUCACUAAUCCAAGCUAUAUUUUAUGUCAAAUUCUUUGAUUUAUUAGCUGCUGUUGAAGUAUUGUAUUAAAAGAUUCUAGAUACUUAUAAGUUUCCAGAAUCGUUAACAAAAUCUCAAUUGGCUACUGGACAGAGGAUUCAUCUUUGUGGAAUAGUUAAUAUAAAUUUGUUGAAAGAAGUAUUUAUAAUAUAUAUUAGUUACUUAAUUAUAAUAUAUUUAUUCAAAGAAUGUUUUGCAUCAUAGAUUGAAUUUGUUGAAAAUAAAAAAAAUCUGUUGAAAUUCAUAUGAACACUGAAAUCUCUUUGCAAGUUGCUAAAGUUAAAAAAAUAAAUUUAUAUAAUUUAGUUUUUAUUAUAAUUAAUAAGUACUUUUAAAUUUAUACAUGUAUACUUGGUAUCAAACCAUUCUCUGAUUAAUAUUAUUUGUUUUAUUUAUAAUAUUCACUUAUUUAUACAUUAUGUUUAUAGGUAAGGAUUUGGGGUUUAUUAAUGUGA